GUUGUUUAGUUCACACUGUGAGGAGCCACACUUUAAGUUUUAAUUGCCCCCUGGACUUGAUAAGGACUACAUUUCAUCAUGGACAGAGAAAGACUUCCUCUUCAGUUGACAGUGGUGCAGUCUCAGCCUGGUCCAGCAGUUCGGGAUGGGCAGUGGAGCACUGGCCUGUGUGAAUGCUAUGGGGAUAUGGGAGACUGUUGCUUUGCUCUCUGGUGUUUGCCUGUGUUUGUGUGUAAGACGAACAGGGCCGCAGGGGGCUGUGUAUGUUUACCUCUGCUGGACUGUGUGGGCUGUGUGCCUCCAGCCUCCCUCGCAAUGCGUGCAGCAGUGAGAGAGCGCUAUGGCAUAGAGGGCAAUGUGUUCAGUGAUUGUUUCUACGGCUGUUGCUGUUAUCCUCUGUCCUGGUGUCAGAUGUCCAGAGAAAUCAAGAAGCGGACAGCUGCCUUGGCCAAAGCCCAGUCUUCAUCGCUCUCCUCUUCCUCAUCUAAAACAUGCCGCACUGCCCUUCUCUACCUGGACGACUCUCAUCUCAUUUAGAAUACUAGGACUCGUACCACAGCAGCAGCAAUGUUUGGUUUAAAGAGCCAGGCAAACUGCAGUGCAAAGGAGAGCAUUUUGUACCAUUAGAGAAUAUUUUAUAACUGCAUGAGUUUGUAAAAGACUUUUUACAAGACUUUGAUUUUUUUUUAUUUUAUUAUCAUUAAUUUUUGACUCAACAUUUUGCUGUUAGUUAUGGAGAGAGAGAGAGAGAGAGAGAGAGAGAGAGAGAGAGAGAGAGAGUUAACACUUCAGUCAGAUUACCAAAAAAAAUUAACAAAAAGGCUUACAGACUUUUAAUUUCACUGAAGCCAAAGACUUACUUGACUGAACCCUUUACUCCUGCACUGAAAAUUCUCUAAGAAAACACAGCAAGACAUUUACUCAAAACUAAAACACCUAAGCAGCUCUUAAAAAGCAAGAAAUGCUCAUAUUUUCAUCAGACAGGGAGAGAGAAAGAAAGAGAGAG